AUGUACUUCUGGCUGGGAGGAAAACAGUUUUGGGAAUGUACACAGGCUGACCUAGUGCCUGCUGGAGCCGGUGCAAAUGCUGUUGAGAUAGAGAGGGCAGUGUGCGCAUCGAGGAGGGAUCAGAAAGCCAUGUCCCAUGUUGUGAUGGCUAUGGAAUCAUCACAACUUCCUCACAUAGACGGUUUGCGAACUUGUCACCAAAUUUGGUCUGCUUUGGCUAGAAUACACCAAAGAACCGCAGCUGGGGCAAAGAUCUAUGUCAUACGUACUCUGUUUGAGAAGAGGCUGUCCCCAGGGGAAUCGGUAUGUGACCACAUUGUCCAGAUGCUGACUGUUUUCAGCAAGCUGCGUCAGCUCAAUGUGCCCUUCCCAGAUGAACUUAAGGCUUAUGCGUUGUUAAGCUCCUUGGACAGAUGUUAUGAGAACUUAGACCUAACGAUGGAGAUGAUGCCGCUGAAUGAUCUUACGUUGGAAUAUAUAAGUGGGAGAUUGAUUGAUGAGGAAUCGAAAUGCCAGAGGGCUGUGAAAGAGAGCACAGGCUGCAACCCAAGAAGGAGUGGAGGGGCAGCCCGGAGCAGUGAGGACUGUGUGAAAGCUUUUGCUUCCAAAAGAUGUUUUCGUUGUGGAAGCAGUGGACACCUGGUCCACAAUUGUCCUCUAGAGGCCCAGGAAUGCAAGGAAUGGUGGCUGGAAAGGAAUGUCAACAAAGCAGAUAAGUGGCAGUUCGAGAACUGGUUCCCAGCAGAGACGUGGGAAACAAGGAGGCCAGAGUGA